AUGUCACAAGAUCAACUUAUGGAUGAUCCAUAUAGAUAUGAUGAAGAUGAUAAAUCCAUUCAACCAGAAGAUUGUUGGACAGUUAUAUCUUCAUUUUUUCUGGAAAAAGGUUUAGUAUCACAACAAUUAGAUUCAUUUGAUGAAUUUAUUGAAUCUACUAUACAAGAAUUAGUUUGGGAAGAUUCUCAUUUAAUUUUAGAUCAACCAGCACAACAUACUUCAGUAGAAGAUCACAAAAAUAAAAGAUUUGAAAUAACAUUUGGAAAAAUUUAUAUAUCAAAACCAAGUCAAACUGAAGGUGAUGGUACAACUCAUCCUAUGUUUCCUCAAGAAGCAAGACUACGUAAUUUAACUUAUUCAUCACCAUUAUAUGUUGAUAUGACAAAAAAGACUUUUACAUCAGAUGAUAAUAAAAGAAAAGAAAAUAAUGAAUUAGAUUGGGAAGAAGAAUUUAUAGCAGGAGAAGAUGGACCAAAACAUGUAUUUUUAGGUAAAGUUCCAAUAAUGUUAAGAUCUAAAUUUUGUAUGUUGAGAGAUUUAGGAGAACAUGAAUUUUAUGAAUUAAAAGAAUGUCCUUAUGAUAUGGGUGGAUAUUUUGUUAUUAAUGGGUCUGAAAAAGUUUUAAUUGCACAAGAAAGAAGUGCAGCAAAUAUUGUACAAGUUUUUAAAAAAGCAGCACCAUCACCAAUAUCUCAUGUUGCAGAAAUAAGGUCAGCUUUGGAGAAAGGUUCAAGAUUAAUAUCAUCAAUGCAAAUUAAAUUAUAUGGACGUGAUGAAAAAGGAGUUUCUGGAAGAACAAUAAAAGCUACAUUACCAUAUAUAAAAGAAGAUAUACCCAUUGUUAUAGUGUUUAGAGCUUUGGGUGUUGUACCAGAUGGUGAUAUUUUAGAACAUAUAUGUUAUGACCAAAAUGAUUGGCAAAUGUUGGAAAUGUUAAAACCUUGUGUUGAAGAAGGGUUUGUAAUACAAGAAAGAGAAGUUGCACUUGAUUUUAUAGGUAGAAGAGGUGUUCUUGGUAUACGAAGAGAAAAACGUAUACAAUAUGCAAAAGAUAUUUUACAAAAGGAAUUAUUACCAAAUAUUACACAAGAAGAAGGAUUUGAAACAAGAAAAGCAUUUUUCCUUGGUUAUAUGGUGAAUAGAUUAUUAUUGUGUGCAUUAGAAAGAAAAGAACCAGAUGAUAGAGAUCAUUUUGGUAAAAAAAGGCUAGAUUUAGCAGGACCUUUAUUAGCCAAUUUAUUCAGAAUAUUAUUCAAAAAAUUAACAAAAGAUAUUUACAAUUAUAUGCAAAGAUGUGUUGAAAAUGAUAAAGAAUUCAAUUUAACUUUAGCUGUUAAAUCACAAACUAUAACUGAUGGAUUAAGAUAUUCAUUAGCUACUGGUAAUUGGGGUGAACAAAAGAAAGCCAUGAGUUCAAGAGCUGGUGUUUCACAAGUUUUAAAUCGUUAUACUUACUCAUCAACAUUAUCACAUUUAAGAAGAACAAAUACACCAAUUGGAAGAGAUGGUAAAAUUGCAAAACCUAGACAAUUACACAAUACUCAUUGGGGUUUGGUAUGUCCAGCAGAAACUCCAGAAGGUCAAGCGUGUGGUUUAGUUAAAAACUUAUCAUUAAUGUCAUGUAUAUCUGUUGGUACGCCAUCAGAACCAAUAAUAUCUUUUUUAAAUGAUUGGGGUUUAGAACCUUUAGAAGAUUAUGUACCAUCUAAUUCUCCAGAUGCUACAAGAGUAUUUGUUAAUGGUGUUUGGGUUGGUGUAAAUAGAGAUCCUUCAUUAUUAGUUGAUAAUAUGCGUGAAUUAAGAAGAAAUGGUGAUAUUUCACCUGAAGUUUCUAUUAUUAGAGAUAUAAGAGAAAAAGAAUUUAAAAUCUUCACUGAUGCUGGUAGAGUUUAUCGUCCAUUAUUUAUUGUUGAUGACAAAGAAGAUUCUGAUACUAAAGGUGAUUUGAAAUUACAGAAAGAUCAUGUUACUCAAUUAGCAAAAUCUUUAUUUGAUGGUGCUGAUGAAGAUGAUUCAAAAUAUACUUGGUCUUCAUUAGUAAGGGAAGGUAUUGUUGAAUAUGUUGAUGCUGAAGAAGAAGAAACUAUUAUGAUUGCAAUGACACCAGAUGAUUUAGAAGCUUCCAAAAGUUCAUUAACAGAAACACAGCAACAAGAUUUACAAAUGGAAGAACAAGAAUUAGAUCCAGCUAAAAGAAUUAAACCUACUAGUAGUAGUAAUACUCAUACUUUUACACAUUGUGAAAUUCAUCCAUCUAUGAUAUUGGGUGUAGCUGCAUCAAUUAUUCCAUUCCCAGAUCAUAAUCAAUCUCCACGUAAUACAUAUCAAUCUGCGAUGGGUAAACAAGCUAUGGGUGUAUUUUUAACAAAUUAUUCCGUAAGAAUGGAUACCAUGGCUAACAUAUUAUAUUAUCCACAAAAACCACUAGCUACAACAAGAUCUAUGGAACAUUUAAAAUUCAGAGAAUUACCAGCUGGUCAAAACGCUAUUGUAGCAAUUGCAUGUUAUUCUGGUUAUAAUCAAGAAGAUUCCAUGAUUAUGAAUCAAUCAUCAAUUGAUCGUGGUCUUUUCAGAUCAUUAUUUUUCAGAUCUUAUAUGGAUUUAGAAAAAAGACAAGGUAUGAAAGCUUUAGAAACUUUUGAAAAACCUUCAAGAUCUGAUACAUUAAGAUUAAAACAUGGUACUUAUGAAAAAUUGGAUGAUGAUGGAUUAAUUGCUCCAGGUAUAAGAGUAAGUGGUGAAGAUAUAAUUAUUGGUAAAACUACUCCAAUACCUCCAGAUACUGAAGAAUUAGGUCAAAGAACUCAAUAUCAUACAAAAAGAGAUGCAUCUACACCUUUGAGAAGUACCGAAUCUGGUAUAGUUGAUCAAGUAUUAUUAACAACAAAUGGUGAUGGAGCUAAAUUUGUUAAAGUAAGAAUGAGAACUACAAAAGUCCCUCAAAUCGGUGAUAAAUUUGCAUCUAGGCAUGGUCAAAAAGGUACUAUUGGUGUUACAUAUAGACAUGAAGAUAUGCCGUUCACAUCUCAAGGUAUUGUACCUGAUUUAAUCAUUAAUCCCCACGCUAUCCCAUCUCGUAUGACGGUUGCGCAUUUAAUUGAAUGUUUAUUAUCAAAAGUUUCAUCAUUAUCUGGGUUUGAAGGUGAUGCUUCUCCUUUUACAGAUGUUACAGCAGAAGCUAUAUCUAAAUUAUUGAGAGAUCAUGGUUAUCAAUCAAGAGGAUUUGAAGUCAUGUAUAAUGGUCAUACUGGUAAAAAAUUAAUGGCACAAGUAUUCUUUGGUCCAACAUAUUAUCAAAGAUUAAGACAUAUGGUGGAUGAUAAGAUUCAUGCAAGAGCAAGAGGUCCAGUUCAAGUUUUAACAAGACAACCAGUUGAAGGUAGAUCUAGAGAUGGUGGUUUACGUUUUGGAGAAAUGGAAAGAGAUUGUAUGAUUGCUCAUGGUGCAGCAGGAUUCCUUAAAGAAAGAUUAAUGGAAGCUUCAGAUGCUUUUAAAGUUCACGUUUGUGGUAUGUGUGGGUUAAUGUCAGUUAUUGCAAAUUUGAAAAAAAAUCAAUUUGAAUGUCGUUCAUGUAAAAAUAAAACUAAUAUUUAUCAAAUUAAUAUUCCAUAUGCAGCUAAAUUAUUAUUCCAAGAAUUAAUGGCAAUGAAUAUUACUCCAAGAUUAUAUACUGAAAGUUCUGGAGUUAGUAUUCGUGCAUAG